AUGGUCUAUAAGAUGAAGUUUUGUGAAACUUGUCUGAUUAUCAGACCUUAACUCACAGCUCAUUGCAAUAUUUGUGAUAAUUGUGUCUUGAAAUUUGACCAUCAUUGCAAGUGGAUUGGAACUUGCGUCGGGAAGAGAAAUUAUAAAUCAUUUAUGCAUUUCCUGACCCUUCUUAAAAUUUAUGUGCUGUAUGUUUUAAUAUUUUGCUCCAUAUCGAUUGUUUACAAAGCCCAAUAAGCUAAGGAUGCUGAGAAAGUUUUCUAGCAAAGGUGGUAUGCAAUAAUAAUUGCUUUCAUUGGUAAGCUCUGCUUUUAUCACUAUUAUAUUAUCUUGAAAGAUUAAACUACUAACCAGAACUACAAGAAUGUAGAUAAUGAUCUAAAAUUUAAGCCUUAUCAAAAUAAUAAGGGGAAGUGUACUCUUUUAUUUAACUCUUAUUUUGGAAAAAUACCUGCCUCAUUAGUUCCAAAUUCCUUGAUAAAAUCAAGUAAACUCUACAUUUCUUCUAAUCCAAGAGAUAAUCAUUUGGAAGAAAUUGAAAAACAUCGCGAAUAUUUAGAGCCAAAUCCUUAAAUAAGCUAAACUAGAAGAAAAAAAAUUUAAAGAAUGAAGCGCUCAUAGAUCAAUAUUUCAAAUAAUGGAAAUUUUGAUUCCAUUCUAAACAAUACUCAGAGCUAAUUAUUACCUGAAAAUUCAGUAGUAGUAGUAGUAGUAGGACCCGAUCAAAUUGAAAAUUACUAACAAAUGAAUUUAGAAGUAAGAAAUGAAGAAUAGAAGAAUUAAGAUAGACAUAGCAACAAUGAGGAGGAAAACUAAGUAAGAGAUAUAGAAAAGAAUUUUGAUAUGGAUUUUUAAAAUUAAAAUGGAGCAGAAAACAUAGAUAAAUAAAAUACUGAGUAUGAUGAUGAGCUUUGCCAUACCCAGGUAAACUUAGUACCAAAAAAUGGCAUUGACUAUAACAAUAAGUUUACAAAUGAAGAUUAACAUGCAAAUGAAAUUGAUUUGAGUAAAAAUUUAAAUUCUAGCAAAGAUUAACUUUUAAAUAGAUCACAACCAAAAUGA